CAAGCGCAGCAGGCCACUGAAACGCUAUUGGUCACAGUCCUGAAUGCGUAGACGAACACGGAAGUGAGGCGUCUCCGUGGGGUGAUGUGAACAAAAUGAUUGGAGAUCUGUUAAUAUUCGGGACCUUGUUGGUCAAUGCAGGGGCUGUGCUGAAUUUCAAGCUCAAAAGGAAGGAGUCCCAAGGGUUUGGAGAUGAGGCCAGAGCACCAACAACAGGUGACAACAUCAGAGAGUUUCUGCUCAGCCUGCGAUACUUUCGGAUCUUUAUUGCUCUGUGGAACAUCUUCAUCAUGUUCUGCAUGAUACUACUAUUUGGAUCAUGAUCAGCAUUUGUGGGGCGACUGGACUUCGACCAGGAUGGUGAUUUUCCAAGAAGGAUGGAAUAAACCUCUCCUUAAUUGGACUCCAUUUUCUGUAUGACUACAAACCAUAAAUCUUCUUCUGGCUGUACAGGAAUUUAUGAAUCGUUGUAUUUAUUUUGUCUUACAGAAAAUGUUACAUUUUUACCUGUUUUUUGUUUAACCUGUAACUGCACCAGCACCCCUGCCUUUGCUGGAUAUUUGUUUUCUUGUGCCCUUGUGCUCCUUUAUAGAACAUGUCAGUUUGCUUAUUACAGAAACACCAGGGCUGGAAAUGAUGAACAGCCCUCAGCCAUGAUACCUGUGAGUCAUCAGUCAAAGGUCUUGCUUGACCCUAAGACCUCACACAUCAUGUUGCUUACAAGUCAUUUAUGCAUUUUACUUAUACACCCGUCAGAGUUCAGCUGAACUCCUCUGUUGAAAGAAUAUUUUAAUGCAGCCUUUCAGAUUAAAAACAACGCUGUUGUCCUUUACUGUUGGGCACAUGUGCUGUAAGUAAAUGUAUAUGCACCAUAAUGUAAAUGUGUCCUUGUUCUUAACAAUAAAAAUAGAAUUUUCUUA